GAAGCUGUCAAUGUCAUUACUGUCAAAAAAUUAAACAAACAAAAGUCACAGCUCCCAACAUCAAUAAAAAUACUCAAUUUUAUUAAAAUUUUAAUAAGUUCUCAUUUAUCUGACGUUGUAAUGCAAUUGACGCAUAAUUCGCUGAACUAUUACCACAAUUAGAACAAUGAAUCACCGUAAAAAUAUACCAGAUACAGCAGCACGAGGGAACACUGUAGGUCGUGCACAUUCCACCCUUAGUGUCUCCGCAGUAGACUAUUAUUUAAACUUACCAGUGUCUAGUCCACCUUCACCUGCAGUUUCAACAGUUACUUUAACCCCAGGAAGGAUACGAAAUAUUGAUCAAGAUAUGGAAGCCUUGAGGGCUUCAAGGCAAGAUAAUCCAUUUAUACAACAAGUCAUAGCUAGUAGGGAGAGUCUUAUAGACAGUUUAGAGGAAGAAUCGGAUCAUGCGAAUUUAAUGUCAAGGGAAUUGUCCAUUGACUUGGAUGUGGACCCUCUAACUCUUCCCGAAAUGCACGAACACAUGAUCAGGAGCCCCCCGCCUACGACAUGGCCAAGGUCACCAAAUUUCAAAAUGUUCCAGUUUCCAAAUGGUGAAGAAGAGACGCUUCAAGUGGAACUUAACACCAAAGAAAAGACCAAAACUGACUUGAAACCAAAGCAUUCGAGUUGGGAUGGGACUGAAACGUCACCGUUGAAAUCACUGUCCAAGUCACACCACCACCAUCAAGACGUGUUUUCUCUUCUGACACCAAAUUCACUGCGAGCUUCAGGUGAGGACAGCAUUCAUCUAAUGGCUGAAGACUAAACAUUCCAUAUUUUUGCAUUCCUAAAAAGGUAUGUGAUACUGUUUUCUAGUCAAAGCGUUGCAAAUAUUGUACUUAAUCGUUUCAUUUCAACGGAAUAUAUAUUUUUGAAACCAAAGAUUAGAGUGUUCCAAAAUUUGCCAUAACUGUUACACUGCUUCAAUAUCUAGGCGAAAUUCUUGAAUCUUUUAUCUUGAAGUAGUAAGGGUAAUUUAUAGCACAAUAAGUUCCAAUGAAGAUAUAAUUUUUAUAAGAAUAUAUUUACGAAAUGUUCUAGUUUUUGAAGCAAAUAAAAUCCAUAUAUUUUGAGUCACUAAUUGGGAAUUGAUAAUAGUGAUGAAAAGUUUCCUUUAAAUUGCUGAUUUUUUGGUGCUGGCCACCACACAAUGGUACUUUGUGAUAUUAUUUGUUUUUGAUCUCGCUAUUGUUUUGUCGUAAGUGGUCUUAUUCUAAACUUGUGUAAAUCCAUGUACAAACUGAAUUGGCACUUUUGUAGUUUAUGUGUUCUGUGUUGACGAUUGAAAUUUUUAUAUGCCUUUUUAGCCAGAUGUUCUAGUCCGUUUUAAUGUUAUAAUUAACUGAUUUAAUGGCAAAAUAUUCUACUGCUUUAGAGUAUAUGUAUUUAUAUGUGCAGCUUGUUUAGCUAAGUAUAUUUAAAAAAGACAUGUUGAGCGUGAAUGUUGUCGUGUACAAUAGCGAGAGAAUAUUUUAUUGUUAAAUUCGUAGCUGUAAAGACUUGUAAUUAAAGGGAUUUGAUAACAGUUAUAUAACGUGUACAAGUUAAGCAUUUUGUAGAUUAAUGUCGUGUUACAUGUUGAAGAAACAUUUUUGAAAUAAAAGCAUCUAUUACGAA